AUGCAGUUCAGCACGUUCGAGCCGUCCGUUAGGCAUUCUCUCGUCGCCAUCAGCAAUCUUUACGAACAAAUCGAAGGCUCCCCGCAGCCGCAGCGUCGCCUACACUUGCAAGACCAGAGCUUUGCCCUGCAACACUACAACGCCGCCAUCAACGAGCUCAAGGCCAUCCAGACACGCGACAAGCAGCCUAUCGUGCUAAUUGUUCAAACCGCGAAGCCGCCGUGA